AUGGCUACUUCUGGUAAAGAGAUAUGGAACCCGGGAAAGGUCCUUCAGGAUGAUGCCGCCGUAUUUGUCCAUGAACACAACCCCGCGGAAGAAGUUGUCGCUGGGAAGCCCGGCAAGUCCAAGGGUGACAAGGGGCCAAAGGUCGACCAGAACGAGAUCGACAACAUCGGAAAGGUGUUCGACACGAUCCGAAGACAGCCAGCAGACCGAAAGGCAGCAGCUGUGAGUUUCACGUUCAGGGGCGAGGAGUAUCAGGCGAAGAAAGAGGAGUGCAUCUCCCGCGGUGCCCACGUGCGUGGUGCAGUCUGCUUCAGCGGUUCGAAGCACAGCUUUACAUCUAGGGGGAUUUAUGCGAUGAUGACCCAGGAUGGCUAUGUUGUCAUUGUGAAGACCAAGUCAUUCAAAACGACGCAGGCGGCCGUAGAGGGUGGGAAAGGCCUGGCGCACAACGUACAGAGUGCCGCAAUUAGCCGCCCGGCCGCCACUAGGAAGACACCACCCCCUUCAGCCCCAUCCAAGACAUUUACCAUAGACGUCCCACUGUCGGCCGGGGAUGACACCGACAUGGAACCCUCGGAGACCUUCGACGCUCUUCGGGAUGCUCACGGAGCUUACCUCGAUGGUCUCGUACCGGAUGACGACCUAGAUGGGGACGCAGAUGCUCACCCCUCUGUCCAGGCCUCCUGCUCGACCAGUGGCGCAGGUACUUUCUCGUCCUCGACGCCAUCGGUCAGUUCUCGUUCCGUCCACGGGCUCAGCAGCAUCCAGCCUCAGUUCAACCUCGACUCCGCCACGUCCCUCCUGAACUCGUUCAGGAACGGCAUGCUACCUUACUUCCCUGUGCUCGCCCUUCCGUCCGAUGCGACUGUUCCAUCAUUGGCCAAGGAUAAGCCCUUCGUGUUGCUUGCUAUACUGGCGGCAGCCAGUGGGGGCAGAAGUAUGCAGGGUCACAGCCUCUAUGACGAGGAGUUUCGCAAAGUCCUAGGUUUCAAAUUCGUCAGUGGUGGCGAGCGGAGCCUCGAAUUAUUGGUCGGGCUGCAGAUUUACUGUGCGUGGUAUCCAUUCCACCUGAGGCCGAAACAGAAGCAAGCUUCACAGUAUAUUCGCAUGGCAGCCGAUAUCGUCCAUGAUCUCGAACUCGAUCAACAGCCUGAUAACUUCGACCAAGGUAAUUUUGAGACAGACGAGAAGUUCCUGGCUGGGAUCCGAGCUUAUGUAGCUUGCUACUAUCUUUGCACCAGUAUUGCGUCCAUCUGGUCCAAGAAAAACUCCCUGCCUUUUGAGCAGUGGACAGCCACCUGCUGUGAUAUCCUCGAGAGAUCGGAGGCCGGUCCAGCUGCAAGAGCGGACCAGAGCCUCGCCUGGCUGGCUCGAUUCGGUAAUAUUUCUGAGGAGACUUCAUCAUUGACUAAGCGCAAGGGACAGCGACAGCACGAACCCCAGCAUGUGCUACUGAUGGUCAAGGGGAUGGAGGCGCAGAUGCGAGAGUGGCAGGGCCGCAUAGCUGCUGAUGUAUCCUCAAAGCCUGUGGUCCACACUGCCUCCCUCUUUACAGAUAUCUUGCUCCAGGGCUACGCACUUCUCAAGUUCCCAUACUACAACUCGCGAAAACAGAAUCAACAAUCGCAAGACCCACUCGUCGACCCAGAUCGAUUAUGGUCUUGCGCUAAGUCUUUACGCACCUGGUACGACUAUAUUUUCUCCCUCCCGGACGCCGAAUUCGCCAAUUUCACCGCGACAGACUGGGGCCACUUCGUUGGGGGGAUCAUCCUCGGGCUUCGAUUAUCAUUUCCUCUCCCCAAGGACUGUCCUUCCUGGGACCAUGUCGCAGCUCGUGAGGCAGUCGAUCUGGGCUCAUUCCUAGAGAGAUUCACGCAUGACGGCAGUGGUACCGCAGACCUGACGCCGGCCUCGAGCAAGUCGAGUUCCAGCACAGACGUGUUGUCGGCAAGCAAGGUCGUUCUGGGCGUCGUCAAGACCAAGUAUGACAAGCGUCUUGCCGCCUUGGAGAAGACUGCUCUUGCGCAGCCGCCUCACCCUAUGCCCGCCGACGCUGAUGCGGGGCUGAGCAAGUGCCCAAUGUUUGACGGGAGCCUUGAUCCGUUCAUAGAAACAUGGGACGACACUUUCCUGGACCCUUCGAGCCUUUUGAAUGCCUCGCUCAUGGACCCUGCGAUGGCUGCCGUGCCUGGGGCUGGCAGGUCCUCCGACGCACAGCCAGUGGUAUAUCAUGAUCUCUGGGCUACGAUGACUAUGGGUUGGAGCCAGGAUAGCUUCGCCAAUACGGACUUCGGUGGCCUCUAG